GUCUCAACACAACAUUACAUCUCUCUCUUUCUCUAGCUAAUUCAUCAAGUUUCACAAAAUGUCGAGUGCCGUGGCGAGGAACUAUAUCCUACUCUCCCAUUCUAUUACACUUCUCACCUUGCUUUUCUUGUUGCCUAUUUUUGUCUACUCUAAAACCAAUUCAAAUUGUGAUCAAUCUUCUCUAUCGGCCUUGAAAAGUCGUGUUGUAUUUGAUCCUCACGAGGUUCUAAAAAAUUGGACUUCUCCAUCUUCAGUUUGCACUUGGAUUGGUGUCACAUGUGACAUAGGUCACCAUAGGGUUAUUGGAUUGAAUAUUUCCUUCAUGGGUCUUGUUGGAAGCAUUCCUCCCGAGUUUGGAAAUUUGUCGUCCAUAAUUUCGCUUGAUAUCUCUGGAAACAACUUCAGUGGAACUUUACCAGAAGAUUUGAUUCGAUUGCGAAGAUUGACUUACAUGAAACUUAGUGAAAAUAAUUUUCAUGGGGAGAUUCCCUAUUGGCUUGCUUCAUUUCCUAAACUUGAGUUCUUAUCUCUUGCAUCUAAUAGUUUCACUAGUUUGAACUCAUUUAUCCAAUCAUUUUUAAAUGAAUCGAAGCUUGAAACCUUGAUCGUGUCUUUCAAUCCUUUCAAUGGUGAAAUUCCAAAGUUUUCAAGCAAUCUUAAAAAUCUCAAAGUACUUUGCAUGAAUAGCAAUGGAUUUUUUGGGAGCAUUCCCCCUUCAAUCAUGAACGCGUCGAGUUUACGGAUUCUUCAAUUGACAAAUAAUUCUCUUCAAAGUAUGAUACCGGAAGCUCUUGGGAGUGUUCGAAACUUGAAUGAGUUACAUUUGUUUGGCAACAAUCUUUCAGGGAUGAUACCACAAGGAAUUGGAACUUUAGAAAAGCUGAAGAAAUUAUACCUCUCUAACAACGAACUAUCAGGUUCGAUACCAUCAAAUAUUUUCAAUAUUUCAACCUUGGAGUCUAUAAAUUUCGACCACAACCAGUUGUCGGGUGCACUUCCCGAUAACAUGUGUCUUCGACUUCCAAUUCUCCAAGAGCUUAGGCUAUACAAUAAUACGAUGGGCGGAUAUAUUUCAUCAAAAUUUAGUUCAUGUUAUCAACUCCGGAUACUUUCGUUGGGAUUUAACAAGUUUAAUGGAACCAUACCAAAAGAAAUUGGGAAUUUAAAGAGGUUGCAAGAAUUGUAUUUUCACUUCAAUAAAUUUACAGGACUGAUACCAAAAGAAAUUGGAAGAUUACAGAAGCUUGAAUGGUUGGAUUUUGGCAGCAAUAUGUUAUCAGGAGCUAUACCAAAAGAAAUUGGAAAUUUAAAAAGGCUAAAGGUAUUAAAUCUCUAUUACAAUGAGCUAUCAGGAGUGAUACCACAAGAAAUUGGAAAUUUGAAAGAGCUCAAGGAAUUGUAUCUCAAUGGGAAUGCGUUAUUCGGUUUUAUACCAUCAACCAUCUUCAAUAUUUCAACCCUAGAAAGCAUGAUCCUCUAUGACAAUCAAUUAUUGGGUACUAUUCCUAAUUCUUUGUGCUUUGGACUUCCAAUGAUUGAGUUGUUGUACAUAAGCCAAAAUCACAUAGAGGGACAAAUUCCAUCCAAUUUUACAUCAUGCCUUCGACUUCGAGUUUUGGGAUUGUCAAUGAACAAUAUUUUUGGAGUCAUCCCCGACGAAAUAGGGAGAUUGAAGAGGCUUGAAUGGUUGGACCUCGUCGACAAUAAAAUUACAGGUAGAAUACCUUCUAGCAUUGGAAAUAUGUCAAGACUUAGUGUUUUAAGACUUGGCUACAACAAGCUUAUCGAAGAUAUUCCAUCGAACAUUUGCAAUUUGAAUUCCCUCGAGUAUCUUGAUCUCUCAUACAAUAGCUUGAAAGGCACACUACCCGAAUGUAUGGGAAACUUGAGGAAAUUGAUCGUGUUAAGCUUAUCGACAAAUGAGUUUGAAGGUCCUAUUCCUACAUUUAUCAAUGGAUGUGCCCUCAAAUAUCUUCAAUUGAGUAGGAACCAAUUAGUUGGAACCUUGCCUCGAUCCUUGUCUCGUUGCACACAAAUGUCGGCUUUUGAUGUUGGCUAUAACAAGAUACACGACUUAUUUCCUAUUUGGAUGGAAACUUUACCCGAGCUUCAAAUUCUUAGCUUAACUUCUAAUAGAUUUUAUGGAACGAUACCUUAUUCAAACAAGAAGAUCUCAUCAUUUCCCAUGUUGAGAGUACUCGCUAUUUCCAACAAUAAUUUCACCGGUCGCUUAUCAACAACAUAUUUGAAGCAUUAUAAAGAUGUACUAGAUACAAAGGGACAAAGGCGAAUGUAUUUAGACAUUUUCUUCUAUAAAGGCUUGGUGAAGAUGGAUUGGUGGACCGAAACUAUUAUCACUCUAAAAGGUAUAUCAACGAACUAUAGCCGGAUGCCAUUGGCAUUUACUAUGAUUGAUAUGUCCAUGAAUAACUUCUAUGGAAGCGUUCCCUAUUCCUUUGGCGAUCUUGUCAAUCUUCGACACUUAAACUUGUCUCACAACAACCUCACGGGCCAUAUUCCUACGAGUUUGGGGAUCUUAAGUGCACUAGAGGCAUUGGACUUGUCGUCGAAUGGUUUGAGUGGGGAAAUUCCAAACCAAUUGACAAACCUAUCAUUUUUGGCGAAGUUCAAUGUAUCAUAUAACAAUCUUUCGGGAAAAAUACCUCAAUCUGGAGGGCAAUUUGUGACAUUUGAAAAUAAUUCUUACAUUGGAAACUCGGAGCUAUGUGGACAUCCGUUGACGAAAAAAUGCGAAAAUGAAAAUGUGUUACCUUUGGCCCCUCCCCCGAAAUCUUUUGAAGACGAUGGUAAGGAUGAAGGAAUAUUCGAUGGAAUCAAUUGGCAAGGCAUUCUCAUGGGGUAUGGCUUCGGAUUAUUAAUAGGAGUCGCCCUCGGCGUCGUAUAUUUUUAGGUAAAUACUAAUAUAUCUAUAUAUAUAUAUAUAUGCUUUGUUAAUUUGGUAUAUUUAUUUCAUAAUAUUGCCUUCAAUUUCAUUUUGAA